AUGGCGGUGGCGUCAACUCUGCCUGGGCAGCUCACGGCGGUGACCGCUCUUCUUGCGCUGUCCGUGGCCAUCACGGUGUCGGCGGCCCCUGCGACUGCGAACCGGAGCAGGUGCUACAAACAUCUAUUCACCUUCGGUGACUCUCUGAUCGACACCGGCAACUUCAUCGUCCACAGCUCCACUGAUUCGGGGCCCGUCCUGGAGUUGCCAUACGGCGAGACCUUCUUCGGCCGCCCCUCCGGCCGCUGGUCCGACGGCCGCCUCGUCGUCGACUUUAUCGUGGAGAGGCUGGGGUUCCCGUACUGGCCGGCGUACCUGCAGGCGGCAGCCGGGAAGUCUCCGGCGGAGGAGUUCCGGUACGGCGCCAAUUUCGCGGUGGUGGCCGCCACGGCGCUGAGCCAGGAUUUCUUCAUGAAGAAGAAUCUCAGCGUUGACCAGUUUCCACCGAUCCUCCCCUACUCUCUCGACGUCCAGAUCGGCUGGUUCAAGAAAGUGCUCGCCGUGCUCGCCUCCACGGACCAAGAGAGGAAGGAGGUGAUGGAGAGCUCGCUGUUCCUGGUGGGGGAGAUCGGCGCAAACGACUACAACCAUCCCUUCUCGCGGAACAAGACGCUUGAAUGGGUCAGGCCCCUCGUGCCACAGGUCAUCAGCUCCAUCGCUCUGUCCAUCAAGGCCCUAAUCGAGCUGGGCGCCAAGACCAUGUUCGUGCCGGGCAUCUUCCCGCUGGGGUGCACCCCGCAGUACCUCGCACUCUUCCCCGGCGACGACCGCGACCCUGCCACGGGCUGCCUCUGGUGGCUCAACGACCUCAUCCUCCUCCACAACCACAUGCUGGAAGCAAGGCUCGAGGAGCUCCGCCGCGACCACCCCAGUGUGUCCAUCACCUAUGUCGACUCCUACGACAACGCCCUCGGCCUCGUCACCGCGCCUACACAAAACGGGUUCGACAAAGAAACGGUGCUGGAGGCAUGCUACCCCGUCUUGAGCACCGGGCCGUCGGGGAUGCCGUGCCCGGAGCCGUCAAGGUAUGUGUCGUUCGACGGCCUGCACAUGACGGAGGCGGCGUACAGGAUCAUGGCCCGCGGAAUGCUCGACGGCCCGUUCGCCGUGCCGCCCAUCAUGUCUACAUGCAACCACGGCUGCUAG